CACACACACAAUGUGACCAUAUAAACUUUAGUUGUUGCUGAGUUGCAGUUGUGCUGCACAGCGUAGCGAAUCCUUUUCAAUUUCCAAAGCCCAAGUCUCAACCUUCUACCAUUGUUGAUAAAAAAAAUAUAGAAAGAACAUCGUUAGUUGAAUCUGUUGGUAUUUGUUAUGCAGAUAACAAAAUAGCUUUAACUUCUACUAAUAAUACGGACAUGAGAUUAAAGCCAAGGUAUUGUAAUUGUGGAAGAAUAGCUUCCAUGCGUAUUGUACAAAGCAAUGACAAUGGAAAUCAAGGACGUGUCUAUUUUGUUUGCCCAAGAAAAUAUACUAGGAACGAACACUACAAUUACUUCAGGUGGUUCGCAGAUGAUGACGACGACGACAUUACCUCCACAAUCCGUGCCACUGCUGCACCUCGGACAGAUUCAACAACAAAAGAAAUUAAUGAUCUAAGGAGAAGGGUUGGUGAGCAUGAUAGAAGGCUUCAAAUGAUGGAGAAAAUUUUCAAGGGAAUGACUUAUGUAAUUGUAUUUUUUUGUAUUUUUGUACUUUAUCAUGUAAAUGACUCAGUUGUUAGGUUUUGGAACAUGUUGUGGCUGUAAUCUACUUUUCUACUUGUUUUGUAAUUUUUUUUCGGUGCUUAAAAAUCUGAUGGUUUGAAAAAACAAGUGUAUAACAGGUUUGUUUGAGAUGAAAUGUGUUGAAUGAACAGUGUGUGGAAUCUGUUGAAUUA